AAUUGCCACUGACGAAAUAGUCAGUCUUAUUCAGUUCUCGAAACAGCACAGUGCUUUAUUUUGUUUUGUUGGCAAUGUCUGAAAACAAGAAACUAGUCCAUGCUGUUGUUAUGGGUGAGUUGCACCUUGUUGAACUGCUGCUCAGCAAUAACGCCGAUGUAAAUGCUCCUGGUGCCCCUGCCGCACCGCUAAUAUACGCCUGUAUGGGCAGUCAGCUCGAGAUGGUGCAAUUAUUGCUGAGAAAUGGCGCCAACGUUGAUGCGCAGGAUGAUAAAGGUAAUACACCGCUGACGAUGGCCGCCAUGGAGGGCCAUGUGGAAGUAGCCAAGGUACUUCUUGAGCAUGGAGCCGGCAUGAACAAAGAGUUUUUGAACUGUGCUUUGACACUGGCCUGCCACGAGAACCACUUGGAUUUGGCGCGUUUGCUGCUGCAAGCCGGCGGCGAUAGCCCGAUUGCUAUUGGACUCCGGACUCAAUAAAUUCGAUAAAGCUCGAUAAAAUGAAAUUGUAAAAGAAACAGAAAACUUAAAAAAAAUGAAAAGUAAAACAGCAAAGAGAA